UUAAAUCUCAUCAACCCCGGACCUUCAUUAAUUACAAUAACUGGCAAGUGAAGCUAAGUGACAUUUUCAACAAAUACUAGUUAUGCCUACACAAAAUGUUUCACUGCCCCGCCGUCGAAGAGUACUGUAAAAUAUCAGGAUAUUCCGCCGACAGAGUUGUGUUGAGCCCGGGCAUGCUUCUGACUUUACUUUCCAAAAGCAGUUUGUCCUCGAAGCAACAUUGAUUCCUGGCCACUCUUAGUGCGACCGGUUGUGGGGAUGGCGAGAAGGAUGGCGAGAAGAUGGAUAACUCCCAUCAACAAGCUAAGGAGCUAUUCUCGGCAUUUGCAUUGGGCUAGUUAGCUGAAUACAAGCUGAUCUUUCCCUGAACCACACACACCAAGCUCAAGCUCCAAUCCACGCGGGAGAGAGUUUACCAGAGCUCCGCCUCGCCACGCCGACUUGUUGACCACUUGGGUUCAUUUCUGAGCAGGAAAGCAGCCUGAACGGUCCGGUCAUUUGAUUUAGUAGCUUACCGUCCACAUUUUUGGCCUCUACUGGAACGUCAGCGGCCGAGUGACGAGUGACGCUCGUAUUCACGAGGUGCUCUUUGCACAAAAUGUGAAACAUACAUGGACACGACUUUGACACCAUCCGCUUUCCUGAGGUUCGUGAUAUAAAUAAUCGGUGAGUUAUCUCCUCUGCUAUUCUAAGUCUUCAAGCAGACUUUGGGACUUCCAAUUUUGUAGCGGCACAUAAUCUAUAUUCACACAUAAUACUCGAAGAUGCAUAUUGCUAAACCCUUUGCUUUCCUCCUCGCAAAUCUUGCCUUCGCAAAUGCCGCGGGAUGCGGGGAUGCUCAAGCCUGUAUUGGGACAGAGACUUGCAUCACCGUGACCCGGACAGCACCCGCAACGACAACCAUAACAACUUGCGCUCCGACACCCACGUGUCUACACGUAUACCAGGGUUGCACAUCCGGAGGUGGUCCCGAGUUCUGCUGCUCUGGCUACUGCGCGGCUACCAAAUGUAGACCGACAGACCCGAAGUGGCCGAAUUGCCAGGAGGACAUGGGGUACUGUGGAUGUGAUUCCGAAUGCUGCUACAACAACAAGUGCGUGGAUAACUUCUGUCGCAAACCGUGAGAGUUGUCUUGGGCUAUUGGUCAGGGCUGAAACAUAUGGAGUGGUUGAAAAUUGCACCUAUAUUCGUUUUUAUUUCUGUACUCUUUUAGGUACAGUGUUGAGCAUCCUCGUACAUCCUUCUACCAUUGACAAAUUGGAACAUGAAAUGGCCAACCGCUUAACUGCGAGUACUGUUUUGGAUUUGCAUAAUUAGUAUAAUACAAGUCUGUCCCCCCUAAAUUUUAUUCAAUAAAUAUAUUGUUCGUGAUAAGGCGUGAAAUGAAGACAGCUCUGAUUAGCUCCUGCUUCAUAGCAUCAGAUACACUUGGGCUAGUGACCAUCCAUAGUGUGAUUCUGCUUGACAAGAGUAACGUAGGACAGAAACGUUCUUUUGCACAUACCUGUACAGAGUGCAUGCAGUGUACAUACGAAACGUGCUUUCG